AUGGCACAGGCCCGUGCAGCGUCUAACUAUAAGCCUAUACAAACCCUCGCCAAGGUUCUGGGAACAACUUCUGCCGCCAUGAUGCCCACCAUGCCCCGCUGCGACUCGCCCCAGCCUCUCCCAUGGACCACUGGCAGCUUCCCAAGAUUUUAUCCUGGAAGACCUGUUCGCUCUCCUUCCUCGUCUCCACCUUCGUUAGAUUCUUCAAUUUGCAGUGAAGCGCCGUCGACCUUAUCUGAUUCAUCGAUAAGCUUGAUCACCCCUGAAUCCUCAUUGUUACUCGAUAGAGAUACCGCUGGAGUAUAUAAUUACGUCCCCACGGAAGACUUCAAGCCUUCUUCCCCUUCUCUCGUUUGUGCAUCCCCAGGACGACUUCCUCAUCUGAUCCUCGUUGCGCUGAAGGAUGAGCUUCCUGUAUGCCGUUCACAUGGCCUGGUUUCAGAGGAGGUGGCCCUGGACAAUUUUUUUGUCGAUGACAGCGUGGCACAACCUAACCCGGCUACGGGUACCCUCUCGUCCUUCUCGCACACCGGAAACGAAAAGCAAUUCGGCAUGGGAGAUGAGAACACCACUCCCAGGUCGCCUGACGCACGCUGUCCUGUCUUUGACGAAAAAAUUGGGCUUGGUCCACCUCCGUGCAUGACCGACACACCUAGAAUGCUCCAGCGCAUCCCCUCCGACCCAGUGUGCGACUUGUCAGAUGAAGUGGAAACUACGGAGCAGUUCUCAGUUGCUCAUGGUGGGUUUUCCGACAUUUACAAAGGCGUAUGGGCAAAACCGUUUGGUGGUGAGAAGGGGAAAACUGUGGUUGCAAUAAAACUACUUCGAGCGUUCACGAGGCAGGAGGUGGACCCUGUACGAGCACGAAAGCGCCUCAACAGGGAAGUAUAUGUUUGGAAUCGUCUUGUCCACCACAACAUUGCGCGGUUCUACGGGAUCUCUUUCCGCCUUGGCGGACGGCCCUCCAUCGUCAUGCAAUGGUACCAAAAUGGCACUGUGCCAGACUACAUUGACACUCAACUUCGAGUGAAUGGGGUAGAGGUUGAUAGAUUGUCGUUGGUUCGAGAUAUCGCGCAAGGUCUUGGCUAUCUACAUUCCUUGGUUCCCCCAGUGGUUCAUGGAGAUUUAAAAGGGAACAAUACACUCGUCAACGACGACGGGCAUGCGAUGCUGACCGACUUUGGGCUCGCAAAGGUCAUUGAAGAGUUAGCAGGCCCAACGGGGAACACGACGUCAUCAUGUGCAGGCUCUGUGCGCUGGCAAGCCCCGGAGUUGAUAUUCGACACAGGAUCUGAUCAAGACGAUUAUAUGGGUGAUGCUCCCAAACCGUCCUCACCAACUCCCGCUUCCGACGUCUGGUCGUUCGGGUGUACAGCCUAUGAGAUCAUGUCGGGAAAAAUCCCCUACCACACCCGCUUGCACGAUUGGACCGUCAUUCAGGCAAUUGUUGAGAAGCAGUGCCCUGUCCCUCACGAAGAAGGGGUGCUUGAGAGUAAUGGGUUGAUGUCGAUUUUGCAUGGUUGUUGGCAGUACGAUGCGGGGAAACGGCCGGAGAUGGGGGAGGUUCUUCGAAGGCUGCAGUCCAUCUGAGUGUCAGAUGGGGCGCACAACACCUGGAACAUUCCAUCCUUUUAGACUUGGCUCAUCUUCUUUCUCCAUAUUUCGAACCUACGCUCUCAGUAUUUUCUUGUCAACGAAGACAUAAGUCACAUUUUGAGGUUUUUUCUGCCCUUCCAGUAGAUCUACUACUAAUAAAUUGUUUUCUUG